GCCCGGAGCGCUGGACCUGGACGCGAUGUUGUCGCCGCCUUCUUUUGCUCCUUCCCAUAUUGUCCCCAAUCUCACCCUCUACUCCAGGCGAACUGUCGCAUCCGCCGCCGCGGCCACCGCGGCCUCGCCCUCGCCGGCAGGAGGGCACGGCCGCCGCCCUUUGCGCUACGCCGUCCUCGGCGCCGGCUUUGCGGGUCUCUCCGUCGCGUGGCACCUCCUCAAGCAUAGCCCGAGGGAUUCCCGCGUGUCAGUGGACAUCUACGACGAGAACGGGGUCGGCGGAGGCGCGUCGGGCGUCUCGGGUGGACUUCUCCAUCCCUACUCGCCUAAAGUGAAGCUUCUCUGGAGGGGUGCUGAGUUCUGGAAAGAAAGCAUGGAUCUCCUUCGCAGCGCCGAGCAAGCAAAUGGAACCUCGGUAUCAAAUACAACUAGUCAAGAUGAUAACCUUAUCUGGAGAAGGGGGAUUGUACGACCGCCUACAACUGAGAAAGCUGCAGCCAUAUUGCUGGAGAAUGUUCAGAAAUGCCUCGAGAGUUGCAGCCUUCAACUGCUUGAUUCUGAUGCUGCACAGCGUCUAAUCCCUGGGCUGUGUACUCCAUUUGACUUCGCAGUUUACAUGCCACUGGCACUGAACAUCAACCCUAAGAAAUAUCUGCAGGCACUGUUCUCUGCAUGCCAAAAUCUGGCAGAUGAAGCCUCCUCAUUACCAAGUGAGCAGAAAGAAAUCAAGCUUUACAAGCAACAUGUUGAUAAUCUACACCUUUUGGCAGGCAAUUAUGAUUCGGUGAUCAUCUGCCUUGGGGCCAAGGCUUGCUCACUUCCUGAACUUGCAAAUAAGUUGCCUCUUAGGACCUGCAGAGGAGUUAUCGCUGAAUUUCAGUUGCCAUCCACUACAGUAGAAGAAUAUGACAGUCAAAGUGCUUCAAUCUUAUCUGAUGCAUGGCUAGCAUUCCAAGGUCCCCGAACUGUUUCUAUCGGAUCAACUUGGCAAUGGAUUUCUGAGAACGAUUCUUCAACUGUUUCCGAUGAAGAAUCUCUUACUGCAAUCGAAGAGUUGCUCCCUAAAGCUUCUGGCGUAUAUCCAAGAAUUAGUAAAUGGGAUUUUGUACGCGCAAGAGCUGGAAUACGAGCCAUGCCUCCACUUACAACAAAUGGGUCAUUGCCACUUUUGGGUUGUUUGGAUGAUUUACUAGGCAAUAAGAGCAACUGCACAUUUUGGCUAGUUGGUGGACUUGGUGCACGAGGUCUUCUGUAUCAUGGUUUGGUUGGAAAGUUGACUGCCAAAGCUGCGAUUUCCUGUAAUGAAAACAUAAUACCUUCUGAGUUCACGUGCUGGAAUAUAGUUAAGCCUUAGUGAGAACUGCUAACAUCGUCCAAACUUCAAGCACGCAUGCUGUGUUUGAUCUGUAGGAAAUAAAACCUUUGUAGAUGAGCCAAAUCCUGACAAGGAUGCUGGCAAAACCCAUGAUGUCAUCCUGGUGCAGUGAGCCAGUCACUACUGCAUAUUGAAAUCUGCCCAAUGCAUUCCAUGUCCGUCCAUGUAAACACAAAUGACACCGCGACUCUGCAAGUAAGCUGAGGUUCUGCUUCAGUUGCCUGGGCUUGCGUUUAAAGAAUUGUGCUUAGCCUAUAUGUUUUCCUUGCUGAACUCAAAUGGCACCUCUGAAGCUUGGUUGAGGUGCCAGUCUCUCUGUCCUAGUAAACAAUUGGCUGAGUGGAGCAGAGGUCCGUUGGCAUUUGUUCCUACACUUUCAUAUUACUCUUAU